UAUGUCCUAGGGUACUGAGGACAGUAUAAAAGGGGACACAGGGGCCCUGCCACACUAGCUCUUCAGUAGUUUCUGAACAUCUAGACGGUAGGAUGUAGAAUAGGGCACCAGGGGCCAGGGAGGCCCAAUCUCAGAGCGCUGCGGGCUCUGCUGGUGAUAUAAACAAUAUGGUGAAGUUAUAAGGAGAGGGGAGGGGUGGGGGGGGACGGGAAAGAUUCCUUAGGAUAGAAAAAAAAAUGAAGAAAGCUCCACUAGAAGACCUACGAAAUUUCCGACACUAGAACCUUUGUAUAUAGUUCUCGGUAACCUUCGGCAGGGGGCGCUUGGAAAUUGUUGCCACUUUCCGGACAGCCUCCCGUACUUUACCCUCUAGAAAAUUGUACAGUGUUUCCGGCCCUUCUCAGUUGUGGACGCUCGUAAGUUUUCGGCAGUUUCCGGGGAGACUCGGGGACUCCGCGUCUCGCUCUCUGUGUUCCGAUCGCCCGGUGCGGUGGUGCAGGGUCUCGGGAUAGUCAUGGCGUCCCCAUCUCGGAGACUGCAGACUAAACCAGUCAUUACUUGUUUCAAGAGCGUCCUACUAAUCUACACUUUUAUUUUCUGGAUCACUGGCGUUAUCCUUCUUGCAGUUGGCAUUUGGGGCAAGGUGAGCCUGGAGAAUUACUUUUCUCUUUUAAAUGAGAAGGCCACCAAUGUCCCCUUCGUGCUCAUUGGUACUGGUACCGUCAUUAUUCUUUUGGGCACCUUUGGUUGUUUUGCUACCUGCCGAGCUUCUGCGUGGAUGCUAAAACUGUAUGCAAUGUUUCUGACUCUCAUUUUUUUGGUCGAACUGGUCGCUGCCAUCGUAGGAUUUGUUUUCAGACAUGAGAUUAAGAACAGCUUUAAGAAUAAUUAUGAGAAGGCUUUGAAGCAGUAUAACUCUACAGGAGAUUAUAGAAGCCAUGCAGUAGACAAGAUCCAAAGUACGUUACAUUGUUGUGGUGUCACCGAUUAUACAGAUUGGACAAAUACUAAUUAUUACUCAGAAAAAGGAUUUCCUAAGAGUUGCUGUAAACGUGAAGAUUGUACUCCACAGAGAGAUGCAGACAAAGUAAACAAUGAAGGUUGUUUUAUAAAGGUGAUGACCAUUAUAGAGUCAGAAAUGGGAGUCGUUGCAGGAAUUUCCUUUGGAGUUGCUUGCUUCCAACUGAUUGGAAUCUUUCUCGCCUACUGCCUCUCUCGUGCCAUAACAAAUAACCAGUAUGAGAUAGUGUAACCCAAUGUAUCUGCGGGCCUAUUCCUCUCUACCUUUAAGGACAUUUAGGUUCCCCCCGUGAAUUAGAAAUUGCCUGGUUGGAGAACUGACGACACUACUUACUGAUAGAUCAAAAAACUACACCAGUAGGUUGAUUCAAUCAAGAUGUAUGUAGACCGAAAACUACACCAAUAGGCUGAUUCAAUCAAGAUUUGUGCUCGCAAUAGGCUGAUUCAAUCAAGAUGUGUGUUUGCUAUGUUCUAAGUCCACCUUCUGUCCCAUUCGUGUUAGAUCGUUGAAACCCUGUAUCCCUUUGAAACACUGGAAGAGCUAGUAAAUUGUAAAUGAAGUAAUUCUGUGUUCCUCUUGACUGUUAUUUUUCUUAGUGGGGGGCCUUUGGAAGGCACUGUGAAUUUGCUAUUUUGAUGUAGUGUUACAAGAUGGAAAAUUGAUUCCUCUGACUUUGCUAUUGAUGUAGUGUGAUAGAAAAUUGACCUCUCUGAACUGGCUCCUUCCCAGUCAAGGUUAUCUGGUUUGAUUGUAUAAUUCGCACCAAGAAGUUAAAAUGUUUUAUUACUCUCUGUUCUGAUGACAGGCAGAGAGUCACAUUGUGUGAUUUAAUUUCAGUCAGUCAAUAGAUGGCAUCCCUCAUCAAGGUGCCAGAUGGUGAUAACAGUAAGGGACUACUGAUGUUCUGUGAUACAUCAGGUUUCAGCACACAACUUACAUUUCUUUGCCUCCAAAUUGAGGCAUUUAUUAUGAUGUUCAUAGGUUCCCUCUUGUUUGAAAGUUUCUAAUUAUUAAAUGGUGUCGGAAUUAUUGUAUUUUCCUUAGGAUUUCAGUGGAACUUAUCUUCAUUAAAUUUAGCUGGUACCAGGUUGAUAUGACUUGUUAAUAUUAUGGUCAACUUUAAGUCUUAGUUUUCGUUUGUGCCUUUGAUUAAUAUCGCUUUUAUACAAUAAAUACUGUUUUCCUCUAAAAA